CGUCUCGCAGCAUCCCCCAAACGCACUCCAUUGGUGGUGGUCUUGCUCCGACGUUCGUCAGCCCCGAAGUAUCCAAGGUCUAGCUAACCGUUUGUAUCGUUACGCUGCGUUCAGAUAACGGAUCAAUCAUUCGGCGGUGGCGGCGGCGGCUGGGGAAAGUCGCAGCAGGGAUUUUCAAAAGUUACGCACCAGCGGUUGUCCUCUGGAAAUCGAUAAUGCCGGUCGGAGGAAGAGUGGCUGGCAAAGGUGUCGGCGUACAUAAUUCGGGUGGAUCUAGCGACGGGCACGCGUCUGGUGGUUUCAACGAGGAAGUCAUAUGGAUCAGCAUUGGCAUGAGCAUAGCUAUAGUCAUACUAAUAACGAUAGCUUUGUGCUAUUUAGCUCGUCAGCGGUGCAAGAAAAGACAGGAGAUAAGCGUACGCACUUAACGUGGAAAAAGUAUACUCUAAUACAUCAUACACAUACUUAAGCAUUCAACCUACUAUGACCAUCUGCGUACGAGUGUUUUACUCGGACUGCGUAUACAAAACUUAUAGAAUUUGAACGGCCCCACUCGCGUUGUUAUAGCUAUAUAUUAUUAUUAUUAUUAUUAUUAUUAUUAUUUUUUAUUAUUAUUAUUGUUAUUAUUAUCAUCAUUGUUACUAUCAUAGCCGUAUUGAAUGCGUGUCCUUGACUGAGAUAUAUGUUCUUUGUCGUACCUCAUUACUUUUGGCGAUCAUGUGAUACGAUUCUUGACAUCUUGCGUGCUUAUCUGGUUAAUGUUCAUAAACUGUUUACCCGGCAUACUUUAAGUAUUUCAUCCACUUCUAUCUCCUAACAUCGUCAAUUAGUCAUGACUUCAGAAUAAAUCUUAUCACGUGUAGUUACGUAGUGAUUGAUAAAACCCAAGAAAACCGUCUUUAAUACAAAUACAAGUCUCAGCACGUCACAUUCUCCCUAACUUCAUAUACUGAAAUCCACAAACGUCCUACAACUGCAGAAACGCCGUUAUGCGUCUACUAAUUGAUAUGUUUAGUAAUUGAUUGCUGUCAUAAAUUCAACCAGACAUUAAAAUAUAGCAUUAUAAACCCUUGUAAUCAUGUGUUGAUGGUAAUAUUUUUUUUACAUGGUACAUAUUAUUAUUUAUUCACGCGAAAAUGUCACACAAAUUAUAAAACAUAAA